CUGCUAAAGGCUAAUGGUUGAAAGUGAAACAAUAAUAGUUUCUGGUUUAAUAGUUAACACAACAUUUUGGAAGUAUCAAGAGCAAAUGUGAAUCCAGUUGACCCUCAUUGAAGAAAAACUGCAGCAAAACCCAGUGAAACUGAAGUUAAAAUUUAAGCUCUGGAGUUUCCCGUCGUGAUGUGCUAAACAAGUGUUUGAGUAUGGAGAGUGUGAGGAGAGGUAGACCUAACAGAGGAGGAGGGAGACACAAUAAAAGAGGUCGAGGUGGCAGAGGAAGGGGAUUGAUAAAAGAAAGCAAUGAAGUUAAGGGUGCAAAAGCUGGUUGGUCUUCAUCAAGAAAAGGUGGCCUUGACAUUGAUGAUUCUCUUGAUGGGCCAGUUGUAAAUGUCCCACAUUCGAAUCCUCACCAAGCAGCUAAGAACACGAGCUCCAAUCAUCAGGGGUACGCAUUCAGCGGCACCAGCAGUGCCAGAGGUCGAGGUUCAGGGCCAAAGGUCAAGCUUGAGAUGCAGCGACUCUUCAUGAGUGAGGAGAACCAGGAAAUGGUCCGGAGAACUUUGGAGUCUGUGUAUAGUAGAGAGGUGCCAGACAGUGAUGAAGAAGAUGUAGGCGUUGAUUAUGAACAGAAUUAUGACGAGCUGGAUUAUAGGGGAGAUAACGACUACUGGAUGACGGAUCACACUCUUGAGGUACAGGAUGCUAUUAGGUUCAACUCGGAUGUUCAAAGGGAGAGAAGCGUGAAGGCAGUUGGUCAAGAAAAUAGCUUUGCGAUAAAAAAACUUCAACGCUGUGGUUUCAGCUCAGACCUUUGCCUAGAAGCUCUUCAGAUCUGUGAUUGGGAUGCAGGUGAAGCGCAGGAGUACCUCCUCAAUGAUUUGUUCAACAACAGUCUCAAGGUGACAGGCAGCACUGAGAGCACCCCAGACUUCUCUGAGGAGGAGAUGCUGGAAGCCAGGGAGGAAGAGAAGAUGGCGCUGCAGUCUAUAUAUGAUGCUGACUUUGAGGAAAGAAUUCCCAACAGAACCUGGAUGUUGAAUUUAGAGCUGCCAGAGCUGGUGGAGACGGUUAACCUCGCAUCUCCAGUGGUCAAUGCCGGUACACGGUUAGAUAAAAAACUCUGUCCUUUUUAUUUUAAAGGUCAGUGUAGGUUCAAGGACAGGUGUCGGUACUCGCACGCUGCGCCCGUUGAUAAUGUGUCCAGGUCUGCGGAACUUUCUCACCCUAUAUAUUCUAAUCUCAAAGCUUUGGAGAGCGCUAAUUCAGUCAAACCAUUCAGUAUAGAGAUUAGGUUUCCUACAGGGAACAAGUACCCUUAUGAACCACCUUUACUGGCUUUCUCUUCUAGGAUUGAAGAGUUCCCAGCUUACACCCGCCUUAAUAUUUCUCAGUUUUUGAUGUCAGUGGCCAAAGAAUCAGCCGAAUGUCAUCUCCCCUGUAUUUUUACCAUUGUAAAUGCCUUGGAGGAUGUAGAUAAGUUAAAGCUGCUAGUCUCCCUGCCCCCGCCUGCUAUCAGCAGACCUGUCACGAUAGAACAAUCCAAGCUGUUCAGCCCACCAAAGCCCGCCUGGCCACUCACAGUACUCCAGUCUUCCAGUGGACAAAAUCUGGCCAGCAGACAGUUCAACAGAGAUCAGGAUGUUGGGAGAAAUGAACGGUACGGCCAACCAAAAAAUGACGACGUCCAAAAGAGACAUGAAGGGUAUGCUCAGCUAAAAAAGAAAAGUGUGCAGCCGUACGAUGCCAUUGAAAUUAAACGUCAGAACAAGAUACUUCAAGAGGAAUUCAUGCAGAAGAAAGGACUCAAGCAGUACCAGAACAUGCAGGUGGAGAGGCAGAGACUCCCCGCCUGGGAAAUGAGAGACAUGGUGCUAGAGGUCAUCGAACGCAACCAAGUUGUUGUCAUCAGUGGGAUGACAGGGUGUGGCAAGACUACUCAAGUUCCCCAGUUUUUACUGGACGCUGCCCUGAUGCAGAGAGAUUUCAACACCAACAUUGUGUGCACUCAGCCCAGGAGGAUUUCAGCCAUGUCCGUAGCUCAGCGUGUGGCCAAUGAGAGAGCCGAGAAACUGGGGCGCUCCGUGGGAUACAACGUCAGACUGGAAAGUCUUACGUCUCCAUACACCAGACUCCUGUUUUGUACCAUAGGAAUAAUCCUGAGGCGGCUGGAGGCUGACCCCCAACUGGAAGGGGUCAGCCACAUCAUCAUUGAUGAAGUGCAUGAGCGCUCUGAAGAAAGUGACUUCCUGCUGAUGAUUUUACGGGACGUGCUGGUCAAGCGACCUGAUCUAAAGGUGAUCCUGAUGAGUGCCACUAUGAAUGCUAAUCUUUUUUCUUGUUACUUUGGUGGCUGCCCUGUUCUAGAGAUACCAGGAAGGACAUUCCCAGUUGAGCAGUUUUUUCUGGAGGAUGUGAUUGAAUUUACUGGGUACCAGUUGGAAGAAAAGUCCCCUUACGCUCGCUCAACUAAGGGUGGCCGUGGUGGAUUCCAGAAAUACGGGGGAGGGCUGGAUGCUUACGAGGAGGACUGGGAUCAUGACCUGGAGUCUGACGGAACAACUCCUCGACCUGCCAGCGACAAGUCACCUGACAUGUGUUUGACAACUGCACAGCUGCAGAUGCGAUACCCAGAUUACAGCCAAUCCACUAUAAAAGCUCUGCACCAGACAGACAUGGAUAAAAUUAACUAUGACAUCAUCAUACUACUCUUACAUUGGAUCAAGUCGGGAGAGCAUGAGUUUCCUGAUGUAGGCGCAAUAUUGAUAUUUCUGCCAGGGUUUGCUGAAAUUCAAACCCUCUAUGACAUGAUAAAGACAUCGCCAGAGUUUGGACAAUCUAAGUAUAAUAUCAUACCUCUGCACUCAACCCUAUCUUCUUAUGAACAGAAUGCAGUUUUUGUCAAAGCCAAAGAAGGUGUGACAAAGAUAGUUAUAGCCACCAACAUUGCAGAGACCUCCAUCACUAUUGAUGACAUUGUUUAUGUGAUAGAUGUUGGAAAAAUGAAAGAGAAAAGGUAUGACCAGAUGAAGAGCAUGGAGAGCCUAGAGACUGUCUGGGUGUCCAGAGCUAAUGCCCUACAGAGAAAAGGUAGAGCUGGGCGCAUACAAGAGGGUGUUUGCUUCCACUUAUUUACAUCCCAUCAUUUCAACUACCACCUGAGAGAACAACCUAUUCCAGAAAUCCAAAGAGCUUGUCUGGAACAGCUGGUGUUGAAAAUAAAAAUGUUGCCCAUUUUCAAAGAUCAAGAGGUCAAGCAUGUGUUAGAGAAGCUGAUUGAGCCACCGUCUGAUGAUGCCAUCUGUGGAGCUGUCCAGCGUCUGACAGACCUUGGGGCGCUGGACAAGGAGGCUACUCUGACACCUUUGGGUUACCACGUGGGGUCACUUCCUGUUGAUGUCAGAAUUGGCAAGUUGAUGUUGUUUGGUGCUAUAUUUAGAUGCUUGGACUCAACACUGACCAUAGCUGCCACUCUUAGCUUUAAGUCACCUUUUGUUUCUCCCUUUGGUAUGAAGCAAGAGUCUGAUGAAAGAAAGAAAAGUUUUUCUACUUGCAACUCGGAUUACCUCACCAUGCUGAAUGCUUACAAGGGUUGGAUAGAGGCAAAGAAGAGAAACACACAUCAAGCUUAUCAGUAUUGUCAGUACAAUUUUCUCUCUUACAAAACUCUUGAGAUGCUGGCAAGCUUGAAACAGCAGUAUGUGGAGUUACUGUCAGACAUUGGCUUCAUCCGGCCUGGCAUCAGGCUGAGAGAUGUAGAGAGGGCUGCUAGAGGGGGGUCAGAUGGUGUCCAGAAGGUCACAGGGGAAGAGGCUAAUGUCAACUCAGAGAACACAAAGCUGCUGUCCGCCAUUUUGGUUGCUGCGUUGUAUCCCAACGUUGUUCAUGUACUGACACCUGAUAUACGCUACAGCUCAACUAGUUCAGGAUCAGUUCAAAAGUCACCCAACCCUGAAGAUUUCAGAUUUAAAACCAAGUAUGAUGGCUAUGUUUACAUCCAUCCAACCUCAGUAAACUUCCAAGCCCGUCACUUUGCCAGCCCCUAUCUAGUCUACCACGAGAAAGUGAAAACUUCAAAGGUGUUUAUCCGCAACUGUUCAAUGGUGUCUGUCUAUCCACUACUGUUGUUUGGUGGGGGUGGGAUACACAUAGAUCUACACCAGGGUAAUUUUGUCUUGUCCGUGGAUGACGGAUGGAUCCAGUUUAUAGCUUCUUCACCACAGGUUGCGGAGCUGGUAAGAGACUUGAGAUAUGAACUGGACCAACUGCUGUCUGAUAAAAUUUCACAGCCAGACAUGGACCUGUUGACCUGCCCUAGAGGAAGUAAAAUCAUUCAAUGCAUUGUGGAGCUCAUUACCAGCCAAUAGAGUCUCUUAACGCAUCCUGUGAUCAGCCAAUGGAAUCUCUUAACAUAUCCUUUUACCAGCCAAUAGGGUGUCUUCACACAGCAUGCUUCCAUACUUGUUGAAAACCAGAAGUUAUAAUAGAAGCUCGCAGACCUGCAUUUAUAAUGUGGCUGUGGCUAAGGACAAUCUUUAGCUUAGAUUGACGACUGAUCACUUCUUAAAUCCAUGGGUUAGUUAGAUCUAGGUUGCCUAGUUGAUUUAUUUUAAUAUGUAAUAUUGUUUUAAAGUUGAAUCAGUUUGCAUUAUCAGCAUGAAACUGAGUGAGAUACAAUGACUGUUGUGAGUGCAUGUUCCUGUAUUUACUGUGUAAAAAAAUGAAUGUGUCUGAGCUUAUGAUGUACAUAGAGGAGAGGAUAUAAGCGUUGAUUAAAAUUAGAGUUAAAAAUAUAUCCACUCAUCUUUUUACUUUUUGUCAAUUAUUUUUUUCGUGUUAAUAAAGUUUCACUUAUUGCUUGAAAUUCAA